AUGUCUGCUCCAGUAGCGCCUCCACAGGCCACCGCCUACCCACCAGGCGUCCAGGCUCCGCCUCCCUCGGGUGCCGAGCGCGUGGGCCCCGGUGCACCUUCGCCGUUCGUCGACGAGAAGCGCGCCGCCUAUCCGUCGGGCCUCACGCCGCCCAUCUCGUCGCAACCGUCGACGUCGAUGUUCGGCUUCUUCCAGCCCAUCGUUGCGCCGCUCAACAAUGCGCUCGCCACCAUCCAGGACAUCCGCACGCGCCUCGAGCUCUCCAACCCGGGCACGGUGGAGCAUCUGCAGCGCGAGGUCAAGGGCGUGCACACCACCAACUUCAUGUUUGACGGCGCACGCGCCGACCUCACCAAGGCGAUCAGCAUCAACCCCAUCUUCCAGGUGACGCACGCCUUCUCUAUGGGCUCGCAGGCCGCGCCGUCGUCGUACAACUUUGGCGCGGUGUACGGCGACAACAACAACUUCUUCCAGGCCGGGCUCGACGACGGACUCAACGUCACUAUGCGCGCCAACCGCGGCUGGGUGCCCGGCCACACGACCAAGGUGCAGGCGCAGCUCACCGCCACGCCCGGCCAGUCGUUUGUGCAGGUGGAGCACGACUACCAGGGCACCGACCACUCGGCGAACCUCAAGGCGCUCAACCCAUCACCCACCGACCUGACGGGCAUCUACAUUGUCAACUACCUGCAGAGCUUGACGCGCAACUUUGCGUUUGGUGUCGAGACGGUGUACCAGCGUCCGUCGGCGGACAUGGAGGAGGCGAGUACGGGCUACAUUGCCAAGCUGACGGGCGACAAGAAGGAGUGGAUCGCCACGGCGCAGGUGCAGCCGCAGGGCGUGGCGCAGUGCACGUACUUCCACAAGCUCUCGGAGCAGGUGGAUGUGGCGGCGGAUCUGCAGGUGGUCAGCAUGGGUCAGAAGCGCGAGUCGGCGGCUACGCUGGGUGCGCGCUACAACUUCCGCAUGGCCACGCUGCGCGCCCAGAUCGACUCGGCGGGAAAGCUGAGCUCGGUGUACGAGACGCGCCUCUCGCCUGCGUUUGGCCUGACCUUUGCUGGAGAGAUCGACCAUCUGCAGGGCGCCGCCAAGUUCGGAUUCGGCGUGUCGAUCGAGUCGGGCAACGAGAUGGACCCCAACGCUCCGCCUCCCACGCCGCCCUCGGUGCCCAUGUAA